UGCUUGUUGAACUUCAGGCACCACUACUACCCUACCCCCACCGCCUGCUGCAAGGACUGCUGGGAGCUGGUGGCUGCUUGACGUCAGCGCCAGUAUUCCAUCCAGCCACACUCCAAGAGCUCCCACAUUUCUGUCAUUCCAGCCUGGGCCAGCAGAUAGGACAACAGCAAGAUGUCCGGAGGAAUUUUUACCCCUUUGGAUAACCUCUACGAUCUGGACAGCGCCAACUGCCACCCUCUCGUGUGCCACCUCUGUCACGAACAGUACGAACAGCCCUGUCUGCUGGACUGUUACCACACGUUCUGCGCCAGCUGCCUGCGGGGCCGGGCUAUAGAAAGCCGCCUCACCUGCCCCCUCUGCAGACAGCAGUCGAUUGUGAAAGGGAUCAACGGGUUGCCCCCUGAAGACCGUCUGCUCAGGUUCCUGGUGGACAAUUCCGCAGACUGUGAGGAGACUGUCCAGUGUGCCAACUGUGACUUUGAGUGCAAGAAACAGGAUGUGGAUGCAAUGUAUUAUUGCAACACUUGUAACCAGCCCCUGUGUAGCACCUGCAGGGAGGUCACACACAAGGCCAAGAUGUUCUCCCGCCAUGAGAUCGUGUCCCUGGCCAAGCGCACCAAGGAAGCCCAUAAGAAGUGCUCCCUUCAUGAGGAGCCCUAUAUCAUGUUCUCCACAGAGAAGAAGUCCAUGCUGUGCAUCAACUGUUUCAGAGACAUGCAAGUGGAGAGCAGAGCACACUGCAUUGAUAUUGAGACGGCGUAUAUGCAAGGCUGUGAAAAACUGGAUCAGGCCGUCCUGGCAGUGAAAGAGCUGCAGACGUCAGCACGAGAGGCCAUUGUCCUGCUGAAGGCCAUGAUUGGGGAGGUGAGGGCCAAUGUGGAUGAGGAGGAGAGUGCCAUCAGUACCCUCUUCAGCAGCAUGCAGGAGAAACUGGCAGAGCGGAAGAAGAUACUCUUGAAGGCUGCCCAAAGCCAGCACGAGGAGAAAGAGAAAGCUUUCAAGGAACAGCUGGCUCAUCUGGCCGCCCUCCUGCCUACUCUGCAGGUCCACCUGGUCACCUGCUCUGCCUUUCUCAGUUCUGCCAACAAGUUUGAGUUCCUGGACCUGGGCUAUCAACUGAUGGAGAGGCUGAAGAAGAUAGUGAAGCUGCCCCACAGGCUGAGGCCGGCUCAGAGCAGCAAGAUCAACACGGAGUACCGCUCAGAAUUCGCUCGCUGCUUGGAGCCACUGCUGAUGCUCAACCAGCGGCGCUCUGUGUCCGUCACCAGCGUGGGAGGAGUGUCUGGAAUGGCCAACAGCAAUGGACUGCUGCAGUCCUCCCUGUCUGUCCCCUGUCACUCCCCCUCCUCCAGCGACAUGGCCCUGACGUCCUCAGUGGUGCGGAAGCCCACCUCCCACCGCUACAUCAGCACCAAGGUCCUGCUGGCCGAGGGAGGGGAGUCGCCCUUCACCGAGCACUGUCGCAACUACGAGAACAUGUACCGGACCCUGCAGACUGAUAUCCAGAAGCUGAAGGAUCAAGUGCAGGAGAUGCACAGAGACCUCACCAAGCACCACUCCCUCAUCAAGACCGACACCAUGGGGGAGAUCCUGGAGAAAUCGCUGGAGAUGGAUGUGCAGAUCGCCUCCGAGUACUCCUCUGUGGAGAUGAUGAGGGCCAUGUUCGAGGAGAUAUGGGAGGAAACCUUUCAGAGGGUUGCGAAUGAGCAAGAGAUCUAUGAAGCACAGUUACAUGACCUGCUGCAGCUGAAACAGGAGAACUCCUACCUGACAACCAUCGCCAAGCAGAUCGGCCCGUACAUCCGCUCCAUCGCCAAGGUGAAGGAGCGGCUCGAGCCCAGACUAAAGGAGCCCAAGGAACUUAAAGAUGACCGGACAGAGACCAUGCUGAAAAUCUAUGAGGACAGCACCAUGGCCAACGAGGCACAGCACAGAAACGAGCUAUCCUGCACCACCGACGACGACCAGGAGAAACUGGUCGACAACCGCAACAAGAUUCUGGACAACCGAGCGCUCAAUAUUCUGUCAGAGGAGCCCGCACUGAAGAGCAAGGAUUACUACUGGCCAGGGAAGCAGAAGAAUGGAGUGGAGGCUUCAAGCCGCAAAGAGUUGACACUUUAAGCCCGGCCAAUGGACGGACUCCCACCACCCAUUCAUCUGAAGCCAGGAGGACUCAUGCAUAGUGACUGGAUUUUGACUUGUAUAGCAGAAGCUGAAUAAGCUUUAGAACAAAAGCUGUAUAAAGUACCUUGAAGGUGGGCUGAGGAACAACUUGAGUUCUAGGCCAGCCAUUUGUGAAAUCACUGGAUUACUCACAAGACCACGUGCUGUGAGCAACAGACAUACCAGAGUUCAUGGGGGGGGAGUCAAACAUACCGAUUUUAAAUCCGAGUUCCACAGUCGUCAACCUCUUAACGGACAAGCCUGAAUGUUGCCUCACAAUUAAGUUUUUCUAGUGUUCACUUCGAAAUCAUCCUUGCAAUCAGGUUUUUUUUAUUUCAGGUCUGCUUGCAAACAUUACAGGCUGAAGGGUUUGGCAGAGACGACACACUGUCUGCAAAAACAAGGAAUGCCCCCCUUUUUUUUUGUCCAGCAAGCCAAAUAAUAAGAAAUGGACUGAAGCAGCUCGUUCUUCAACAAGCACAUUUACAUGUGCUUUAAAAGAGAUACUCUAUAAAUAUGGUACACACUGGAAAAGCCAAUGGCCACAGAGCAUGGAAAGGAACACUGUUCCAAGAACUGCUUCAAUUGUAUGUUUUCACUAUAUUAUUUCUAGUUUAAAUAAUUAGGGUUUAUGCUGUAAAUUGUAUUGUACAUUUUACAUUACUAUAUCCAUUGUUAUGAUGUAUCAUUAUCUACAAAAUGCUACAAAAAAACUGAACUUGCUUCAUCUGCUAAAUUCAAUCAUUUAAAAUCUUAAACUCCCUCUAAGCUUCAAAAAGCAUCAGCAUUCUUUCACAUAAAGGAUUAAGGUUUUGGUUUAAAAACAGAAGAAGCAAUUUUAUUUGCUUAUUGGGGGUACACACCAAAAUGUUUUCCAAUAGUUUUUGAUAUCAAAUAUUCUUUUUAAAUAAAUGUGCAAAUUCUACAAUA